GAAGGUGGAGGGGGAAUGUUGGGGGUGGAUGGAGACUUGGCAGUCAGUCCCAAUGUGAUCAAGAGACGCCGAGGUGGCCUGAUCGAGCAGAGGGACAUUGUCAAAGCCCACCAGGCGCACAAGAUACAGAGCACACCACAGGCACGCCGCAAGGAGUGGGAAAUGGCUCGGUUUGGAGACGACGUCCCGGGCUUGUUGAGCUCUGGGGAGGGGGGUUCUGAGCGUAACCGGAACCGGGAUGGAGCGGCUGUGUCCACAGGUGGCCUCUCUCCAGCCUUCAAGCAGACCAAAGCGCAGCGUGCCCGCACCAUGGCCCUGUACAACCCCAUCCCCGUCAGGCAGAACUGCUUCACCGUCAACAGGUCGCUCUUCAUCUUUGGGGAAGACAACGUGGUCAGGAAGUACGCCAAGAAAAUCAUAGAGUGGCCUCCGUUUGAGUACAUGAUCCUCGCCACCAUCAUCGCCAACUGUAUUGUCUUGGCGCUGGAGCAGCACCUGCCUGGAGAGGACAAAACACCCAUGUCUAAGAGACUGGAAAAGACGGAGCCCUACUUCAUAGGGAUGUUCUGUUUUGAGGCGGGGAUAAAGAUCAUCGCCCUGGGGUUUGUGUUCCAUAAAGGCUCCUACCUCAGGAACGGAUGGAACGUCAUGGACUUCAUAGUGGUCCUCAGUGGGAUCCUGGCCACCGCAGGAGCACAUAUGAACAUCCCUGUAGACCUGCGGACUCUGAGGGCAGUACGCGUGCUGAGACCUCUUAAACUGGUGUCAGGCAUCCCCAGCCUGCAGAUAGUCCUGAAGUCCAUCAUGAAGGCCAUGGUUCCUCUGCUGCAGAUCGGCCUGCUGCUCUUCUUUGCCAUCCUCAUGUUUGCCAUCAUUGGCCUGGAGUUCUACAGCGGAAAACUUCACAAAACCUGCAAACCGGUGCCUGGGAUACUGGAAAAUGAGACGGUGGACCUGUCUGAGUCGGAGUUCCCGUGCGGCGUGCGUCAGUGUCCUGCCAAGUACGACUGUAAUAACACCUGGAUCGGCCCGAAUGACGGCAUCACCCAGUUUGACAACAUCCUGUUUUCUGUGCUCACUGUCUUCCAGUGUAUCACCAUGGAGGGAUGGACCACUGUGCUCUAUAAUACCAAUGAUGCCUUGGGCGCGACCUGGAACUGGCUCUACUUCAUCCCUCUCAUCAUCAUCGGCUCCUUCUUUGUCCUCAAUCUGGUGUUGGGAGUUCUGUCUGGGGAGUUUGCCAAGGAGAGAGAGAGGGUGGAGAACCGCAGGGCCUUCAUGAAACUGAGACGCCAGCAACAGAUUGAGAGAGAGCUCAACGGCUAUCGAGCCUGGAUUGACCGUGCAGAGGAGGUGAUGCUUGCUGAGGAAAAUAAGAACUCAGGACCUUCUGCCCUCGAUGCUCUCACGAGGCUCCCAGAGUGGAGUAAAGAUGGUAACUAUGUGUUGAAAAGAGCCACCACCAUCAAAAGGAGAGGGAUGGACGUGGUGCGCCAUGGGCAAUCAGGAGAGGAACAAUAUGGUGACAUCUCCUCCGUAGGCAUCCCCAUGGCCAGAGUCAGCAUCAGGAGCGCUAAGCGAGGUCCCACGGCGUAUUUUCGCCGCAAGGAGCGUCUCCUGCGAAUCUCCAUCCGCCGCAUGGUGAAGACACACACUUUCUACUGGACGGUGCUGGGCCUGGUGGCUCUCAACACGCUGUGUGUGGCAAUUGUUCACCAUAACCAGCCUCUCUGGUUGUCCAACUUCCUCUACUAUGCAGAGUUCCUGUUCCUGGCUCUGUUUCUAACUGAGAUGUUCCUGAAGAUGUACAGCCUGGGACCGCGCCUCUACUUCCACUCCUCUUUCAACUGCUUUGACUGCAGUGUAAUUGUUGGUAGCAUCUUUGAGGUGCUGUGGGGUUUCUUCAGGCCUGGUACGUCCUUUGGCAUCAGUGUCCUGCGUGCCCUUCGUCUGCUUAGGAUCUUCAAGAUCACUAAGUACUGGGCAUCUCUGAGAAACCUGGUCGUCUCUUUGAUGAAUUCCAUGAAGUCUAUCAUCUCCCUAAUCUUCCUCCUCUUCCUCUUUAUCGUCGUCUUCGCACUGCUUGGCAUGCAGCUCUUUGGUGGAAGGUUCAUCUUCGACGACUACACCCCGACAAACUUUGACACCUUUCCUGCAGCCAUCAUGACUGUCUUUCAGAUCCUGACUGGGGAGGACUGGAAUGAGGUGAUGUACAACGGUAUUCGCUCUCAAGGAGGGGUCAAGUCCGGCAUGUGGUCUUCCAUCUACUUCAUUGUCCUCACUCUGUUUGGAAACUACACACUGCUUAAUGUCUUCUUGGCCAUUGCUGUGGAUAACCUUGCUAAUGCCCAAGAGCUCACCAAGGAUGAAGAGGAAGCAGAGGCGGCCUUCAACGAGAAACAUGCUCUCCAGAAGGCCAAGGAGGUCGGGCCGAUGUCCUCCUUUAUGUCCUCAGACCGGAGGAGGCGGCCCUACCUGUACAGGAAAAGAGCCAUCCACCGCAGCCGGCCUGCCUACUCCUACUCCCUGGAGGAGGCCCAGGGCAGCAUCAGGGAGGGCUGCCCACCCCCACCUCUCAACACCUCUAACUCUUUCAUGUCCAGGAGGGAGAGGAGAAGAAGGAUGACCAUGUCAGUGUGGGAGCAGAGGACCAGCCAGCUGCGGAGACAGCGCCAGAUGUCCAGCCGCGAGAUCCUGUACAGCAGCCCCAGUGAGGAGAAGGACGGGCCUCCCGCUUCAGCCCAGGGCCAGCCUGGACACCCGCUGUCACAGUGCCGCAAGGCCACUCAGCGUACUCCCUCAAGCAGCCUCAAGCGCCUGGAAGACCCCCCGGCUCCUACUGCCGAGAUGCAGACUGCAGCCUCACCAAUCCACAUGGACAUGCCUCUGGAUACUGGUCUGUCUGGUAGCAUACCUGAACCGCCACUGUCAGUGUUGGUGCCAGAGUCUUUAGAUCCCACCAGCAUGUCUGUUCCUGACCCCCCAAUGUCCAUACUAGAGCCAGCUGAAUCAGAUUCCACCUCUGACGGCGGAAAGCUAGGUGUCAACCAAAGCCACAACCCUCUUAGUGAACAUCGGAGCCCCAGGCUGAACGGCGAACGGCGGCACAGAGCCGUGAAGAAGUUCAGGCCGCCAGAUAACAGCGACACCCUGGCGACCCCUGAGGCAGGAGGUCAUCGUGGUAUCAGGGGCAGGAGGGCACUGCAUCGUUGCGAACCACAGACUGAGGGGUCUUCUCCGGGGGAUGGAAGCCAUUUGGCUAGUCGGUCUGCCAGCAGGGAAAGGGGAAGAAACGCAGGGGAAGCAGAGGAUAAGGAAGCGGGCACAGAGAAGGAGGGAGAGGUGUGCCAACCUGAAGAGAGCAGGUGAGACAGAUCUACAGCUGCUCAUCUAAGAGACACCCAGACUCAAGUGGGAGCCCCCUCUCCUCAGAACCACGAGGAACCCUCUCAGGAAUCAGACCUGCCCACUCUCCAGCAGAGCUCGCCCCCAGGCAUCCCAGAGGGCGAUAAGGGAGACACGGAGGCAGAGCACGGCACAGCAGUGUGUGUGGACCAGGAGAAAUCUCUGCUCAGCUCCAAUGUGAUAAUAGAGGUGCCCAGCGUGCAGUCAGGCCUGGAGCUCUCCACUAUCACAGUCAACAGUAAAGACCCUGAAGCCUGCAAGUCAGAGAAGGAGGAGGCAGAGGAGACCAAGCCUGUCAACACUGUGACCCCAGAUAGCAUGUUCAUCUUCAAACCUGACAACCCGGUGCGACGAGCAUGCCACUACGUCGUGAACCUCAGGUACUUUGAGAUGUCCAUCCUGCUGGUCAUAGCUGCAAGUAGUAUAGCGCUGGCUGCUGAGGACCCUGUGGCCACCUCCUCUGACUGGAAUAAGGUCCUGCGAUAUUUUGAUUAUGUAUUCACUGGAGUCUUCACCUUUGAAAUGAUUAUAAAGAUGAUUGACCAGGGUCUGAUCCUCCAUGACGGCUCCUACUUCAGAGACCUGUGGAACAUCCUUGACUUCAUCGUCGUGGUCGGAGCACUUGUGGCUUUCGCCCUCACCAAUGUGAUGGGAAACAACAAAGGACGAGACAUUAAAACCAUCAAAUCUCUCAGAGUGCUGCGUGUCCUCAGACCUCUGAAGACCAUCAAGAGGCUCCCUAAGCUCAAGGCGGUGUUUGACUGUGUGGUGACGUCGCUGAAGAACGUCUUCAACAUCCUCAUCGUCUACAAGCUCUUCAUGUUCAUCUUUGCCGUCAUUGCCGUGCAGCUCUUCAAGGGAAAGUUUUUCUACUGCACUGACGGUUCAAAGGACACAGAGAAGGACUGCCAGGGUUACUACAUUGACUAUGGGAAGGAUAAGAAGGAGGUGAAGAGAAGAGACUGGAAGAGGCACGAGUUUCACUACGACAACAUCAUCUGGGCGCUGCUCACUCUCUUUACUGUUUCCACUGGAGAGGGAUGGCCACAGGUCCUGCAGCACUCUGUAGAUGUGACAGAGGAGGACAGGGGUCCAAGCCGUGGCAACAGGAUGGAGAUGUCCAUCUUCUACGUCAUUUACUUUGUUGUCUUUCCUUUUUUCUUUGUCAACAUCUUUGUGGCUCUCAUCAUCAUCACCUUUCAAGAACAGGGGGAUAAGAUGAUGGAGGAGUGCAGCCUAGAGAAAAAUGAGAGGGCGUGCAUAGACUUUGCCAUCGGUGCCAAGCCUCUGACCCGUUACAUGCCCCAGAAUCGACACACUUUCCAGUAUCGUCUUUGGCAUUUUGUGGUGUCACCCUCCUUUGAGUACACCGUCCUGGCCAUGAUUGCCCUCAACACCAUUGUGCUGAUGAUGAAGUAUUACUCUGCCCCACCGGUGUAUGAUGCUGUACUGAAGCACCUGAACACAGCCUUCACUGUUCUCUUCUCUAUCGAGUGUGUCCUCAAGAUCAUGGCCUUCGGCUUUCUGAACUACUUUCGAGACACGUGGAAUAUUUUUGACUUCAUCACCGUUUUGGGCAGCAUCAGUGAGAUAGUCGUAGACUUGCAGUCUGCUCAGUUCAACAUGAGCUUCCUGAAGUUGUUCAGAGCAGCUCGUUUGAUCAAACUGCUGAGGCAGGGCUACACCAUCCGGAUUCUUCUAUGGACCUUUGUCCAGUCCUUCAAGGCCUUGCCCUAUGUCUGCCUGCUCAUUGCCAUGCUCUUCUUCAUCUAUGCCAUCAUUGGCAUGCAGGUGUUUGGGAACAUCAAGCUGAAUGAGGAGACUCACAUUAACCAGCACAACAACUUCAAGACCUUCUUUGGGGCUCUAAUGCUGCUCUUCAGGAGUGCCACAGGGGAGUCGUGGCAGGAGAUCAUGCUGUCGUGUCUGGGGGGACAGCACUGUGAGAUGGACCCCUCUCUUCCUUCAACACCAGUGACGAAUGACCAGGAUGGGGGCUGUGGCACAGACUUUGCCUAUUUCUACUUUGUCUCAUUCAUCUUCUUCAGUUCCUUCCUGAUGUUGAACCUGUUUGUGGCUGUGAUCAUGGAUAACUUUGAGUAUCUGACUAGAGACUCCUCCAUCCUUGGGCCGCACCACCUGGAUGAGUUUGUCCGGAUCUGGGGGGAAUAUGACCGCGCCGCCUGUGGUCGUAUCCAUUACACUGACAUGUAUGAGAUGUUGACCAACAUGUCGCCACCCCUAGGCCUCGGCAAGAAAUGCCCCUCCAAGGUGGCAUAUAAGAGGCUGGUUCUUAUGAACAUGCCUGUGGAUGAAGAAAUGUCGGUCCACUUCACCUCCACCCUCAUGGCCCUCAUCCGCACAGCGCUGGAGGUCAAGAUAGCCAGAGGAGGGGAGGACCGAGGUCAGAUGGAUCUUGACCUGCAGAAGGAGAUCAGUGUCAUCUGGCCUCACCUUUCUCAGAAGACAUUGGACCUGCUGGUUCCCAUCCACAAAGCUAGUGACAUGACCAUAGGGAAGAUCUACGCCGCCAUGAUGAUCAUGGACUACUACAAGCAGAGCAAAGCCAAGAAGCUCCGACAACAGCUGGAGGAACAGAAACACGCUCCUAUGUUCCAGCGCAUGGACGCCUCAUCUCUCCCUCAAGAAAUCCUGUGCAGUGCCAAAGCGCUGCCGUUCCUCACGCACAGUGCCGGAUCCGCUCUCACCAGAGGAGGCUUCGUUGCUCUGAGCCCCAUCUCUCCCCAGGAGAUGUUCCUGCGGCCGCUGGCUCACACCAUGGAGGAGAAAGAGGAGGAGGAGGACUACCACCUGCCCUACCACCACUACCACCACGCACAUCAUCACCAGCACCACCACUUACACACACUGGUACCAGAGGUGGUGGAGUAUAACCGCGUGAUGCAGCAGGCCAGGCAGGACCCCACCAUCAUGCGAUCACCUCAGCGCACGGCGUCUAUCAGAGCGUCCUCCAUGCCCAGACUGGCUGUUGAUGCACAGCCUGGGACAGCAGCAGACAGUAAGCUGAUGAAGCGCUCCUUCUCCACCAUUGGGGACCAGUGUGUGAACGGCCUGUGGCAAGAGGAGCACUCUCUGGAGAGAAUCAGUCCUGACCGCACAUACAGGCCGCGGCAGAGGAGCUACAGAGGCCCCAGAAUCAAUCACAGAGAAGCGGGUGCCCAUGAGAGGGGGCGGUCGAAAGAACGGCGCCACCUACUGUCUCCUGACGUGUCACGCUGCAACUCUGAGGAGCGCAGUCAGGACCAAUCGCAAGAGCGGAGACAGUCUCGCUCACCUAGCGAGGGACGAGCACAUGCCUUACAGAGACAGGUCAACACAUCUGACAGCCCUGCCCCUUCAGCCUCAGACUCCGGUACACUGCGUAGUCGGCGCCAGCUGCCCCAGACCCCGUCUCGCCCGCGGCCUCUCAUCUCCUACUCCCCUCUAGUCUGCCAAGCACACCUGUCUCGCACACCAGCAGCCUCCUCCGAGGGACAGACCCAGCCUCAGGACGGCCCCGGGGGCUUGACGGAGACCCCAUGGAGGCCUGACAAGGAGGACGCACCACUGACUGCAGCUCAGGGGCCGUCCGGAGGUCAGGGAGGUCAGAUUUCAGGGGUGAGUCACUCAUCCCCUCACCGCUACAUCUCAGAGCCCUACCUCCCGUUCCAUGAGGACUUCCAGAGUGGCGAGGCAGGCAAGAACCAGGAGACCCUUACCUUUGAGGCUGCUAUGGCAACAAGCCUGGGGCGAGCCAACGCCAUAAGCUCCGCACCUCAGCUCAGACACUCCUGGCAGGUUCCUAAUGGGCAUUUCCGGAAGCACUUGGGCCAGGCCAGUCCGGUUGGUCCCAGCGAGCUGCUGAGUGACACGGACGAGGAUGACCGCUGCUAGGACCUAGAGGUGAAGAGGAAGAAGAGGACGGACAGAGUGACUGGUCACCUCA